GUUUCACGUUCUGUUAGGAUUCGAGUGGAAUGCUACUUCUGAAAAAUGUCAGUUUCCUGUACGAAGUUGUCAAGGGAAAAGUCUAAUCGCAUCAGACGAAUGUACGGCUUCCCAGGUUUGCCAACAACACAAAAGUUCAUCCUUUGACGACCCCAGACUGUCAAAACAUCCAAGAUGGUGGACGUGUUAGCAUUGAUCGACACAAUAACGAAAGAAGAUAAUGAAGUUGUAUUCAUUGAACAGUUUGUCUCCGAUGUCCGUGAUUUUAGUUCCCAAUAUGGCAGUGAUAUUAGCAUAUCUUACACAGCAUAUAAUUUAGCAGGGAAGCCUAGCAAGUACCCUGACUAUGGAGACUACCCCCAGGCAUUUGUUAUGCGAACAUAUGGGCGGUGGUGGAAGGAGGCACCAUCUGGGGUUAGAGAAUUUAUGCCUCAAAAUCAAGGCUCCAUUAUUAGUCAAGAUUUUAUCGAUGUCACAUUUGAGCAGGCUGUGUACCCAUUCCAAGUUAACAUUUAUGAAAUCUACAAUCCUGGGGCUCUUGUCCGUGUCUGGGCUCGCAGUCUUCAAGGAAAAUGGGCCCUUCUCUGGGAAGGUGCAGCUCAAGCAACAAGGCCUAUGUCUCGAAUCUUUUCCCCUCCUCUCCGUACUAUCCAAUUUCCCACCAACCUCCUCCGCCUUGAAUUUGACCAUUCGAAUUUGGAAUACUACACAGAGUUGGAUGCAGUGUGCUUGGUUGGAACUUAUAAACCUUUUCCUGAGAAUAAUCUGGGAACAUGCCAUACACUGCAAAAUCCUGUUGUUAGAAGUAGAAAUGGAAGCUCAUCAAAUUUCUCUGGGCUUGUCACUGUGGGCGACAUCACUAACAGGGUUCAAGAAAUGAAUAUCCACCAAUUUUCACCACAGGUUGACAUUUCUAAUUCAAUAUCAUCCUUUUUGGACCAUGAAUUUCCAAACCUACUGAGACAAAUUGAAGAUAUGCAAAGGGCAAUCCCCAAUCGUCCUGCAUUGCCAAUGUCUUCAUCACAACCUCCAGAACUACCAUCACAUAGUGCUAACAGUGGAGCUUUCAGUAACUUGCCUGAUGAAAGUAUCCUACAUAUACUUGGCUAUUUGGAUCUUAAGGACCUGUGUCGCUGUGCUCAAGUCAACCGCCAUUUCAGAAGCUUAUCUCAGGACCCCCAUUUGUAUAUCGAACUUGGACUCAGGAAAUUUUGGCAUUGUGUCAACCCAAUAAGUUUGCAAUGUUUGUUACCACGCCUUACUUAUAUACAAAAGUUGGACAUGUCAUGGUGUGGUAACUACAGAGAUAUAAGUCCAGAUGAUUUCAUUGAAUUUCUGGAAGCUUGUGGCAAGAAUCUUUCACACCUUCGCCUAAACUGCUGCAAAUUUGUCACUGACUCCAGCAUUGAAAAAAUUGCUUCACUAUGUCCUAAACUUGAAGAACUUGCACUUCAGAACAAUACUAAGGUCACCAGUCGAGGUUUCUUUUGUUUGACUUCUCUUCGUGGGUUGGAGAGGCUAGAUUUCUACCGUACAUCAAUCACAAAAGAGGCCCUGAUAGCGAUUCUGAAAUCAUCUCCCCUACUAAAGCAUUUGAAUCUAGGUUCAUGUAUGCAUAUAUCUUCCAUGGAUGAAGUUGUCCUAACACUCAGCAAACACAACUCAGAAUUAGUUUCAUUGGAUCUUUGGAAAUCAUAUACUCUGACUUCUGUGGGUGUAAAUGCUUUAGGGAAGUGUUCAAGGCUUGAAGAGGUUGAUCUCGGCUGGUGUUUGAGUCUGAGUACCCCAGGUCUAAGUCUGAAUAGUAUAGCAUAUGGCUGUCCUAAAAUGAAGAAAAUUUUCCUGGCAUCAAUGCGAUGUCUUGCAGACUACCACCUUGAACCUUUCCUGAAAAAUUGUUCAUUAUUGGAGCAAGUUGACGUCCUAGGAUGUAGUGUUACAGCUGAUAUUAUUUCUAGGUAAAUUACAUAAUAUU